AUCGACACUGUCUAGGUGCCACCUCAGUGUUGCGGCCUACACCGGUCAGUUACGUGUUAUGUCCAUUGAUUUCCUGAAUUUUUAGUGCACUUGGUUGCUCUUCUCUCCUCUCUCACAUCAGUGGAUAGUGAGAUAGUCCAAGUCUUCCCCUUUGCUGAGCUCCAUCAGGAGCUAGCCAAUAUCCAUCCAUCGUUGGAUCGUCCCAUCGAGCAUCAACCGAGAUGGGCGCCGGGUCGUCGGUGGACUUGCUGCAGCUGCUGUGCUGCGCGUGCGUGGAGCAGUCGACGGUGGCCAUGGAGGAGACGUGCGGGCGCUACGACACGGUGCUGGACCCGGGCUGCCACUUCAUGCCCUGGUGCGUCGGCCGGAGGGUCGCCGGCUACCUCUCCCUCCGCGUGCAGCAAGACCAAUUCUGUCGUGGCGAGACCAAGAGCAAGGACAACGUCUUCGUCACCGUCGUGGCGUCCGUGCAGUACCGCGCCCUGGCGGACAGGGCCUUCGACGCCUUCUACCGCCUCAGCAACGCCCGCGAGCAGAUCCAGUCCUACGUCUUCGACGUGAUCAGGGCGAGCGUGCCGAACAUGAACCUGGACCAGGUGUUCGAGCAGAAGAACGAGGUGGCGCGGGCGGUGGAGGAGGAGCUCGCCAAGGCGAUGGCCAUGUACGGGUACGAGAUCGUGCAGACGCUGAUCGUGGACAUCGAGCCCGACGAGGUGGUGAAGCGCGCCAUGAACGACAUCAACGCGGCGGCGCGGCUGCGCGUGGCGGCGGUGGAGCGCGCCGAGGCCGACAAGAUCCAGCAGGUGAAGCGCGCCGAGGGGGAGGCCGAGUCCAAGUACCUGGCGGGCGUCGGCGUCGCGCGCCAGCGCCAGGCCAUCGUCGAGGGCCUCCGCCGCUUCGUGCCAGACGAGAAGUCCGUCAUGGACAUGGUCCUCGCCACGCAGUACUUCGACACCAUCAGGGACAUCGGCGCCACGUCGCGCGCCGCCACCGUCUUCAUCCCGCACGGCCCCGCCGCGGUGCACGACGUCGCCACUCAGGUCCGCGACGGCGUGCUUCAGGCCGCCGCGCACGCACCCGCACCCGCACCCGCACCCGCCGCCGGAGCCAGGUGACUGUGUCCACCGUGGUUUUCCAGCUGCCUGUGCACUCUUGCUCCGGUGUGUUCGUACGUACAUCGGCACACACACGCAUGUAAAUUUUGUAUGCUUUCAUUUCAACCGUUGGUUUGGUCUUCCUACCAUUAAGUGCGCUAAAUUUUAACCUGUACGAGUGAAGUGUAUAUUCUUUGAGGUGUGCAUAUGUAUCAUCACGGAU